GUCGUCGCAAUGACGACCAUCGCUGCCACCAUCUGGGGGUCGGAACGAUACCUCCCCACGUUUCACAAUGCCGGCACUUUGGUGUUCACAACUCUCUACCACAGUUUCACACCGAUCCGGAUUCUUGUGGAAAGCGAAAACAUCCCUCUUGGAAUGAGGAUUCCGCUUUUCUGCACGACCACCGGAGAGUUCUUCCUCCUUGUACUCGUCACGCGCGAAUGGAUACGGAUCCGGUGUCGUCACAAGAAUGAAGGAUCUGAGGGGGCCGAUGAAAAGGACUGGCUUCUUUGAAAGUUUACGGGAGGUGUUUACUCCAUUGUGUAACCCAGCCGGGCCAUUCGCGCAUGUACACCCGUUUCGGUUAGAUGUUGUUGCAAACACGGUCAUUUCGGGCAGGGAGAGAACAGAGAGUGUGUUAUCAGAGAUAAAAGAUAGUCACGCCUUCCUCCACGUCUUUGACAUACUAUGUCCAUGCAACUGAAGGGAUGAUGAGCAAGUUUCCGUGCCACAAGAGUGGACAGGGCGCAGUCCACGCUGCUGAAUGGUCCAGGAUCAGCUUCCCGUUGGCGUAUCAAAUAAUGCCUGCAUACCUCGUUGCAAGCGCA